AUGGAUGAUAUAAAUUUAACCGUUAUGCCGUCAAAAAAGAAGGAUUCAUAUUCACAAGUUUGUUUGACUUUAUCACAAUCACAAUCAAAAAUUAUUGCCAAUGCUUCAACCAUUGUUAAAGAGGAAUCUUCAAAAAGGAAAAGAUCAAAAUUAUUGUACAAGGAAAAAGUUGUAACAUGUGAUAAUGAAAAUCAGACAAUAAUUGCCAGUUCUUCAAGUGCCGUUGAAUGUAAUUUAAUGCAAAAUGAUAUAACUAGUAAGAAUAUGAAUUUUGAUGUAACGUCAAUUACUAUACCAAUUGAAGAAAAAGAUGUUGACCAAGAUUCACUACCUAUGAUUCCUAAAGAAAAUUUUUGUGAAUUAAAAAAUUGUUCACCAAUUGAUUUAAAUAAACCAAUGUAUACAAAUUCAGUAUUUAUGACUGUAGAAAAUAUGAUAGAUAAAGAAUUUGAUUUUGAAACCCCUCCAAAAUAUAUUUCUGGUUAUCAAUGGAAAGUAUCUGUAGAACGAGUGGUAAGUUCUGAUAAAAAAUCAAAAGAAUAUUUAGGAUUAUUUGUAAAACUAUGUAAUUGUCAAAAAAAAUUGAACAUUCUAGUAAAUAGUCAAUUAGUUUUAUUUACCUAUUCAGCUAAUAAAUCAAAUUUAAUAAAAAAAAUUAGUUAUAUAUACAAUUAUGAAAACACUUCAUAUGGAUAUGAUGAUUUUAUUUCAAUGGAAGAAUUAAUUGAUCCUAAAAAUAAUUAUAUGCUUGGUGGUAAAAUAUUUUUAGAAGUUGUGAUAGAUGUUAAUGAGGUGAUAACAGAUAAAGAAUUAGAAAUAAAAUUUGAAAAAUAUAUUGCAGUGAUAGAAAAAUUAUUGAAAAAGAAAAAGUUACAUGGUGCAAGUGAUGUCUGCCAAAAUAUUAUCAAUUGUUAUAGUCAUUUAAAAUCACCAUAUAUAGAAAUAUUUAAACGAAAGUUAGAUGAAAUUACGGUUCUUUUAGUUAAUGACACAAUUGAGCGAAUUGAACAAUUUGCUUUAAACACUAUGGUUGUAAAUAGGGUACCUUUAAAGAAAGAAUUACGUUUAAAUAGAAUGUGCCAACUUAAACGAAUAAUUAAGAGUGAUCAAAAAAAAAAAGUUGAUGUUGAAGAAAAUAUUAAAACAGAAAAUAUUGAUGAAAAAGAAAAUAAAUGUGAUAAUAUUAAAGUUAGGGGAAAAAUGAAAGAUGAUUCAAAGAAAUGUACUUGUAAAUUUAAAGAUCCACAUCUAAUGCUUACUAGUUGUUGUUGUACCCAUAUAUUUGACUCUAAAACAUUUUUUUAUCAAUCAAAUAAUGACAAGAUGUUUUAUUAUUCUGUUUUUGGUUCACGUUAUUGCUUAAAUCAACUUGAAUUAAAAAAUGAUUAUAGAUCUACUAGUCCUAUUUGUUCAAAUUCAAAGAUAAUAUCUGUAGAAAAAUUUUUAACUAAAUGGAGACUAUUUAAUUGUGCUAUUGAAAGUCAAUACUCAAAAACUAUAUCAUGUAAAAAUCAAAAUUUUGAAAGAUUUAUUUUAAAUAUAAAAAAAAAUAAAGAUGAUCUUCGAAAUAUUAUGACUGAUGCAUUAAAUGUUUCUUUAAAUAAAUAUAAGGACAAUGAUUUUGAUCAUAUAAAAACAUUAAUAGAAGAUCAUGUAAAUGGAUUACAAUUAUUUAACACUAUUUCUUUACCUCAAUUUUCUGAAUUUCCUAUAGGAAAAAUUAUGAAGUAUAUAAAAGAAAAUAUUAUGUAUUCAUUUAAAGCAUUGCAUUGGUUUACUAAAAAUGAUCAGAGACGUUUUCAUGAUCCUAUUUUAAAUAUUUUAAAUGAUCCUAACGUAGAAAAAAUAUUUCAAAGUACUGAUAAUAAUUUGUGUCUUGUUCCCACAAUAUUAAUAACAAUAGUAAAUGAAAUUCUUGAUUUAUGGAUAAGAAUGUAUACUCAAAAUGAUAUUCAUUCUUUAACCACAAAUCUUUUAAAAGCAAAAAGUGAAAUUAAUAAUCUUAAAAGUAUUAUAUCAUCAUUAAAUAAAGCAGUAGAUGAAAAAACAGAGACGUUAAAUACUUUAUAUAAAGAAUUAGAGGGAAGCAAAAAAUUUUUUUUAGAUAAAUGUGAUACAAUAAAUUCUAGACUUUUAAAAUUAGAAAAAUCAAGUAGUUCUUUAUUAAAUAAAAAUAAUUUGUUAAAUUCUGAAAAAAAAAAAUUAUCAAAUGAAAUUGAAAAUUUAAAGAAGCAAUGCGAAACUUUGGAAAAAAUAAACAAUGAACAAAAUGUUGCAUUUAGGGGGGUAGAAAAAGUUUUAAACAUAGAGAAAGUUGAAAUGGAAGAUAAAAUUAAAUUUCUUACAGAUCAAUAUAAAAAACAUGAAAUAUCUUUUUUGAAAAAAAAGCAUAAACGUGAGGUGGAAAAAUUACAAAAUUUUAAGAAAGAAGCAAUUGAAAAACUAGAAAAAUGGAAUGAACUACCGAGUGAUGUUUUUAAGAGAAAUAGUAAAAAGAUAGAGAAAAAUAAAAAAAUUACACGUAAUUAUAUUGAUAAUGUAUCAGCUAAAAUUGCCAUUUUGGAUAAUAAUUACAGAGAAAAAAUUACAGCAAUUAAAAAGGGAGAUGAAACUUUUGUAUUUGAUGAGUCAGAUAGUUAUUCUCCACAACCUUGUCCUAAAAGUGAUUUAGAUUAUUUACUGUAUUUAAAUAAAUUGGAAAUUCAAGUAUGUGAUGGGAUAUCUUGUCCUCCAACUAAAAAUUUAAAACAUACAACUAAACUGGUGGAAAAUAUUAAAAAACAAGAUAGUAACCAAAAUUGUUCUAACUUUACUUUUAAUCAAAGUAAUCCAUUGAACCUUGAAAAUGAGUUGAAUUUUAAAAUACCUCAUCAUAUUGAUGAUAUUCUCUCAAAUACAAAUUACCCUUAUAAUGAUAACUUGGUAACAAUAACAAAUGAAUCAGAAUACUUUAAUUUUAAUGAUCCAAAUUUAAGUGAUGAUUUUGAAAGAAUAGAUUAUAGUUUUGGGGACAUUCAACCUUUAUUUUAUAAUAAUAAUGAAGAUAUUGAACAAUUUAGUACUGUUGAUGAUAAUAAUAGAUUUUCAUACCUAUCUUUAUUUGGUCAAGAUUAUCCUCAACCUGAUUGUGUAACAAACAGAAAUCACCUUUACACACAAGCUUAUUCAACCUGUUUACUAGAAACUUGUCAAUAUCCAAGGAAAUCAUUUGUGCAAUGUUCUAAUCUAUUUUCUUGUGUAAAUGAUAAUUACAACAAUCAAUUGCUUGAUAAAACACCUCCUGAUUUAUCUCAAACAGUAUCAGUAGACUCUUGUCAACCUAUUCAUUUAGAUUUUAUUAAUCAUUGUCAUAAACAAAAUUAUCCAAUUCAACAGGACUGUCAUACAGAUGACAACUCUGCUCAAGAUUUACAAGAAAAUAGUUUUGCAACACUACUCAGAGCCUUUUCUACAGAGUCUUCCAGUGAUAGUAUGUGGUGA